AUGUGCUUCUUUAUGGUUAAGUGUUUCCUCCUUUUAAUUCUCUCCAGGAAUAGUCGACAAGGAGAUGACUUUACCACACCCAGUGCCGCUUGGCUAGAAUAUCAGCGGGAGAGAUUUGGUAUCAAUAAUCCCCUUAUGGUAAGUUCUACCAAGGCACCCACCCUAAAUGUGGAUGUGGUGACCCCAAAAGUGGAGACCACAUCCCGGAGACAUUCUUCCAACCCUCCCGAAAACCCGAGCCAGGAAUCGGGGGAAGAGGGAACCACAGAGCAGCCAUCGGAUGAUGAGGGAAUGGAAGUGCCCAGCAUUCAGGGAUUUUUAAAGUUCCUUAAGACCAUGCAGAACACCUGGAUCAAGAAGUCUGCUUUGACUUUCGGGAAGAAGAUAAAGCUGCUGCAGAACCUACGCGACAAUCUCAUGCGACUAAUUGAGCAACAGUUUGCAUCUAUGUGGCAGCCACCAGAGCGAAAAAGGCGACGACGACGUGGUUUACUGGAUGAUUCGGAGAUAGAUUUUCCACCUGAGGCGGCACUUAUGACUAUAAACUUUCUGACAUUUGCGGUUUUUCUUAUCAAACUGGUCAUGCAAGUGGUGAAGAUUGUUAAAAGCAAACAUUAUUCACUUUCUGGAUUCAAUAUUUUACCGGAAUCCGGCAGACGUCCCUAAACAUUUUAUUGGAACUACAAUUAAAUAAUAUUUUGUCCAAAUAAAUCAAACUCUUUUUUAGUUUAGCUUAAAUGUUUUUGCUGCUAUGGCAUAGGCAAGAAACUUUAAAUUAAAAUUAAAUCUGUACUAAGGA